AUGGAAUCUAACAUUAAGAGUAAUAAUGGAACCAUUGAAACAGAAAUCAACAUUACAACUGAAAAUGAAAUCGUGGAACCCACAGUUAUAACUGAAACCAUCGAUGAAAAAAUUGUCAAGCAACUUGAGUAUUAUUUCAGUGAUGUAAAUUUUCCAUAUGACAAGUUCUUGAGAAAUCUUGCUACAGCUGACAAUGGUUGGGUGGAAAUCAAUGUAUUAAUGAGUUUUAAAAGAUUGGCAUCCAUUUCUGGUGACAAGGCUGUUAUUACUUCUGCAGUUAAAACUUCUUAUAAUAGUUUAUUAGAAAUAGAUGAAACAAAUGAAAAAAUAAGACGUAAACCUGACCAAGGUGUCCCUGUUGCCAAUCAAGAAUUCUUAAAUAAAAUGAUUGAAAAGUCUGUUUAUUGUAACGGUUUUCCUACAACUGCCACUUUAGAUGAACUAAUCGCAUUUGCUGCUACCUUUGGCAAUGAAACCAUCAUAAGAGUCAUUCCUCGAAAGAACAACUACCAUAAGUUUAAAGGUUCUGCUUAUUUUGUAUUUAGAACUAAAGAACUUGCACACAAUUUUUUAAAACAAAAGUCUGUUAAAUACAACGAUCUUGAAUUGGAACGCAUGUGGGAAAAAGAUUUCAAUGAAUUAAAAAAGAAUGAAUGUGUACAAAUGAAACAAAGUAGAAAAUUCCUACAAACUGAAGGAUGCUUUAAACCAGGUUGUUUACUAAAAGUGGACAUUGUAGAAGAAAAUGUUCAAAUUAACGAUAUUAAAAUAUUUUGUCAUCAAAUGAAAUGGCCUGUAAGUUUUGUGAAAUUAAAUGAUGACAAUAAAACAGCCUGGAUACGAAUGAGGCAAAAUGAGGCCACUGCUCAUGACCUGUUGGAAUUAAUGACCGAAGAAAACAAAAGUUCGAAAAUGUUGUUUUCUAUACCCAAAGAAGAUGAAGAACAACAAGUAUUGGAUGAAAUGUCCAACGAAUUGUCUUUUAUUAAUGAGAGGAAGAAAAAAAUUAAAAAAUUCAAGAAGACCAAACAUUUCAAAAUAAAUAAAACCGAAAUGUCAAUAUUCUAA